ACUCUAGAACUGGCUGUCACGGUUUCACAUCUCCUUGCCUGCAAGGUGCAACAUUAGCUAUCAAAGGCAGCACAAGGGUCUUCACUGCGACAAAAAAGAAGCAGAUCCAGGGAUCCAGUUUCCACAGCAUCAGUUAAAACCAAAGGAAAGAAAACAAAAAGAGUACACAAAGAAUGGUAGAAAUAAAACGAAGUAUUAAGAUACCUGCUUUGUACUGUUCAAGAAGGCAGAGUAAGGACUUCCAAGCAAACUUGUCCAACUUCCACAAGGAGCAGCUUUACAGGAUUUUGAAGGAAGAGCAAAGGGAUUUCAAGAAGGAAAUCAAAGCCUUCUGCAAAGCAAAUAAGAAUUUCCAUGAGAAGAUAAGAGCCUUUCAGAAGGAGAGCAAAGCAUUAUGGAAGGAAAUCAACACCUUCCAAGAAAAUAACAAAGCUGUCAAAGAAGAGAUCAAGAAUGUUUUGGAACAGAGCGAGGACUUCUCACAAAAGAUCAGAGUCAUCCAGAUGAAGAAAAAUGUCUUCCAGAAACAAGUUGGUAACAUUCAGGAAAAGCUUGAAGAAUUCUGGAAUAAAAUGAAGGUUGCUGAGGAUUUGAUUGAAGCUCUUGGUGAAAGGAAUAAGGCUGGCCAGGAAUUGGUCAAGGCUUUCCUAAAACAGAAUCAAGAUAUCCAAGAACAGAAUAAAGCCAUGUAUGAGAAGAACAAAGUCCUGCAGGGUAAGAAUAAAGCUAUGCAGGAAAAGAACAGGGCUUCCUGGAAGGACCAUAAAGUUCUCUGGAAGAAGGACAAGAUCUUCUGGGAUGAAGAGAUGGCCAUCUCAAGCAGCAAACUCAUUCUCUGGGAAGAAUCCAUAGCUUUCAAGGAGAACGACUGGAAGAUUCAAAAAGAGAAAGAAGCUCUGGGAGAUGUGGUGGAAGCCCUCCACUAUGAGAAAUUUUCCCUCUUGAAAAAUGUUUAUAUUCUUCCAGGAGAGGAGAAACUACCUGAAAGAGAAGAGAAAGGUCUUUGAGAUAAGCACAGACCAGCCGUGGGCACUGGAUAUGGAGCCUCAAAGCAAAUUGGGCAGAUUUGAAACACGACUUCACUUUUGCAGAUGGGCUUUAAUUCUUUUACUCUAAAAUACUGCCUUAGCUUUA